UUGUACUUUUGAAAAAUUAAAACGAAGAACAGCUGUUAGGUUCAAAAUUAUCAUUGUUCAUUACAAACUAAGAAAUCGAACAUUAAAAAUGGGUGCAAAAUCCUCAAAAUUAUUUAGAAGUGCGGAAAAUUCCAAGAAAUUAUGUUCUGAAGAAAAUAUAAAAUCCGACAGUAAAGAUCCCCGAUCUCCAGAUGUAAUGAGAACACCAUUAAAUGAACUUAAUAUGAACGGCAAAGGUCAGGAUUAUGUUUUUAAAGAUCCAAGAUCUCCAACUUCGAGUAUAAUGCGUACUCCAAUUGUUUUUGAUUCAGAUCAAUCAAGAAGUUUUGUUUUUGAAGAAACAGAUACUUUUAAUGAAUUAUUUCCUAAAAAUGUAAACCCGGAAGUAAAAGUAGCUGGAAAGGUUAUAGAAGAAUGUGACCCGCGUUCUCCGACUUUACAAAUUGAUAGAACACCAUUGAUUUUUGAAGAUAAUGAAAACUUAGAACUUCCUCCAAUAACUUUGAGUGACGAAGAAGAUGAGAGUGAGGAUAGGUUGAUACAAAGCGUGUUAGAUAUGAUGAAAUUUGACGAUUUAGAUAAACCAAAAAAUAAACCUCUUGAGAGAGUUAAAAAUAUGCACAAGAAACAAAAAUCAAGUACAAAAUCAAAGGAAAACAGUCCUAAAAUAUAUCAAGACACAAACGUUUUUUAUUCAACACCAAAAAAAGAAAGUUUCUUAGAAAAUAGCCGAGGCAAAAGAACGCCGUUUGGUUGUGUAGAAAAUAAGUUGCGAAUGAGGUCGAAAUCAGUAGAAAGUAUUAAGUAUAAAAGUGGAAAAUCUCUUAAUGUAAAUUUUGAAGAUGACUACUUCAAAGAAUCUAAUCGCAUUUGUUCUUUUGAAUCUGGAAGUGGAAACAAUUCUUUUAUUAUUUGACUUUAUUUUUAAACUUUUUUAUCGCUUGAUUUUAGCUAAAUAUUUUAUGUAUGUAAAUGUUUUGUCCUUAAUUUUUAAAAGUAGAAUUUGAAUAGAUUUAAAAUUUUGUA